GUGCGCACCGUAUCGCGUAGUGUGCUACCGGAGCGUCUUCAGCGCGCGCUGUAGUAUGUAAACCAUCACCUCACCAGUAUUUCGUGUCAGAACGGGCUGGCAGGCAGGUCUAAGGACCUGGGGGAUAUUGGAACCCUCUUCUCGUUCAUUCGCACCCACUCUCCUCCCCAUACACCCUGUCGUAGCAGUACAGAAACCCAACAAUCAGACAGCUGUCGACUGCCGGCUUGAGUCGCGCGCGCUACAUCACCAAUGCCGGGAAACCGUCAGAGAAGUCAGCUCUCUCGCGCACGGACGGACAGCGAGUAUGUGAAGUAGUGACCGCAAGAAUGGACCAAAGGAACUACUUCGCCCUUCUGCUGCUUGUUUUUCAUGUUCAACUCACAUUUGGAGAGUUCUUUCCAGGCAACUGUUCGUUUGAAGAGCACUACAGUAAUUGUGGCUACAGCGUGGCGUUGGGGACUAAUGGCUUCGCCUGGGAGCAAGUCAACACCUGGGAGAGACCCUCCAUGGACGCGGCCGUUCCCACAGGUUCCUUCAUGAUGGUGAAUGCUUCGGGUCGUGCAUCAGGUCAGAAGGCUCACCUGCUUCUCCCCACACUUAAAGAGAAUGACACCCACUGCAUAGACUUCCACUACUCUUUGUCCAGCCGGGAUGGGACGAGUCCCGGAACCCUCAAUGUCUACAUAAAAGUGGAUGGUGGACCACAGGGGAAUCCUAUCUGGAAUGCCUCAGCACCCGUCACUGAAGGCUGGGUGAAGGCUGAACUCGCCAUCAGCACCUUUUGGCCCAACUCCUACCAGGUUAUUUUUGAGGCAGUAUCUGUACAAGGGCAUCCUGGGUUCAUCGCAGUGGAUGAGAUACACGUUUUGGCCCACCCUUGCCGCAAGACACCACAUUUUCUGCGGCUGCAGAAUGUUGAGGUGAAUGUGGGACAGAAUGCAACCUUCCAGUGUAUUGCUGGAGGCAAAUGGUCACAACAUGACAAACUCUGGCUACAGCAAUGGAACGGUAAAGACACGUCUCUCAUGGUAACCCGAGUGGUGAACCAUCGGCGAUUCUCCGCCACCGUUAGCGUAACGGACACGUCACAGCGGAGCACCAGCCGUUACCGCUGCGUGAUUCGUUCCGAUGGAGGAUCUGGAGUGUCCAACUAUGCUGAGCUGAGCGUCAAAGCGCCCCCCACACCCAUUGCUCCUCCUGAGCUUCUCGCAGUUGGUGCUACCUACUUGUGGAUCAAACCAAACGCCAACUCCAUCAUCGGCGAUGGCCCCAUCAUCCUGAAAGAGGUGGAGUACCGCACCACCACAGGAAACUGGGCCGAGACUCAUGUCGUAGAUGCGCCAACUUACAAGCUAUGGCAUUUGGACCCAGAUGUGGAGUAUGAAAUUAAAGUUCUUCUGACCCGACCUGGGGAGGGUGGCACUGGACCUCCGGGACCGCCCCUUAUCACUCGGACCAAAUGUGCUGAUCCAGUCAACGGUCCCCAGAACGUGAACGUGGUGGACAUCCGUGCCCGUCAGCUGACCCUGCAGUGGGAGACCUUUGGAUAUGCUGUGACACGCUGCCACAGUUUUAACCUGACCGUACAGUACCAGUAUGUGUUCAACCAGCAGGAGUUUGCCGCUGAGGAGCUGAUCCCAACCUCCUCUCAUUACACUCUGAGGGGACUCAGGCCUUUCGUGACGGUCAGACUACGGCUGGUGCUGGCCAACCCUGAGGGCAGCAAGGAGAGCGAGGAGAUCGUCAAACAGACAGAGGAAGACGUUCCUGGCCCCAUUCCUAUGGAGUCCGUCCAGACAGGCCCAUACGAGGAGAAAAUCUUCAUGCAAUGGAAGGCCCCGAAUGAAACUAAUGGAGCCAUUACUCUCUAUGAGAUCACCUAUAAGGCUCUUGGCUCCUUGGACCCCAGUGCAGAUUUGACAACACAACGUGGCCGGGUCUUCAAACUCCAAAAUGAGACACAUCAUCUCUUCGUUGGAUUAUAUCCUGGCACCACGUACUACUUCACUCUGAAAGCUAGCACCAACAAAGGCUUUGGCCCACCCGUAACCACCCGUAUAGCCACCAAGAUCGCAGCUCCAUCCAUGCCUGAAUAUGAGACCGACUCUCCGCUCAAUGAGACGGACACAACAAUCACCGUCCUUUUAAAACCCGCCCAGUCACGAGGGGCCCCUGUCAGUGCUUAUCAAGUGGUGGUUCAAGAGGAACGGAAGAAGAAAGUUCGCAGAGCCACUGAUGUGUUGGAGUGUUUCUCCAUUCCUGUUAGUUUCAGAAACGCCUCCAUCUUGGAUUCACCUCACUAUUUUGCUGCCGAACUUCCCCCUGUUAGCCUUGCUGUAGUACAGCCCUUUACUAUAGGAGACAACAAGACAUAUAAUGGCUACUGGAACGCACCGCUGUCACCAGCCAAAAGCUACAGUAUUUACUUUCAGGCCCUGAGCAAAGCCAAUGGGGAAACCAAAAUCAACUGUGUGCGACUAGCUACCAAAGGUGCAUCUACCCAGAAUUCCAAUGACAUAGAGCCUGAAAAACAGGUGGACAGCACUGUAAAGAUGGCAGGCGUCAUUGCGGGAAUCCUCAUGUUUGUCAUCAUUCUCCUGGGUGUUCUUCUCACCUUCAAACGCAGAAGAAAUGCGUAUUCCUACUCUUAUUACCUGAAACUAGCUAAAAAACAGAAGGAGACAGCCAGCAGCAGUACGCAGAGAGAGAUGGGACCCGUAGGCACAGCGGAUAAAAGCACAGGAAAAGUCAGCACAUUACACAAGGACGAUCCGUUCUCCACCAGCAACCAGGACCUCAACGGAUUCUCCUCCUCUUCUCCAUGCUCCUUCUCCAUUCAGGGUAAAGCCCUUCAGAGCAAAACCCUUCUCAACUCUUACUACUCAGUUUCUAAGGAGCCAGUCCCUGCCACAGCAUCUAUAGAUGGCAGCCACAGUGAGAUGUCCCAGCCCUCGAUGACCAUCCAGACGUACCCAUAUGGAGGCUGUGAGUCGGUGGAGAUGUCCUACCAGGCGGGCCAGUUCCAACCGGCCAUCAGAGUGGCAGACUUGCUCCAACACAUCACCCAGAUGAAGUGUGGGCAGGGUUACGGGUUUAAAGAGGAGUAUGAGGGUCUGGCCGAGGGACAAACGGCCCCAUGGGAAACUGCCAAGAAAGAUGAGAACCGCAACAAGAAUCGCUACGGUAACAUCAUCGCUUACGAUCACACUCGUGUCAGACUGCAACUGCUGGAGGGAGACCCCCAUUCUGACUACAUAAACGCCAACUAUAUAGACGGCUACCACAGACCAAGGCACUACAUAGCCACGCAAGGCCCCAUGCAGGAGACCGUGAGGGAUUUCUGGAGGAUGAUUUGGCAAGAGAAUUCUGCUAGUAUCGUCAUGGUAACCAACCUGGUGGAAGUAGGGCAGGGUAGGGUGAAAUGUGUCCGGUAUUGGCCUGAUGAGACCGAGGUGUACGGAGACAUCAAAGUUACGCUGAUCGAAACGGAACCUCUUGCAGAAUAUGUGAUCAGGACUUUUACUGUUCAAAAGAAGGGUCAUCACGAGAUUCGGGAAAUCCGGCAGUUCCAUUUCACCAGCUGGCCCGAUCACGGCGUUCCCUGCUACGCCACAGGCCUGCUGGGCUUCAUCCGCCAGGUCAAGUUCCUCAAUCCUCCAGACGCAGGGCCUAUCGUGGUGCACUGCAGUGCUGGUGCUGGAAGAACAGGCUGUUUCAUUGCAGUGGACAUUAUGUUGGACAUGGCAGAGAGUGAGGGUGUGGUGGACAUCUUCAACUGCAUCAGAGAGCUGCGCUCACAGAGAGUCAACAUGGUCCAGACCGAGGAGCAGUAUGUGUUUGUGCAUGAUGCCAUUCUGGAAGCUUGUUUAUGUGGAAACACAGCUAUCCCAGUGUGUGAAUUCAGAGCCAUCUACUACAACAUCAGCAGACUGGACCCUCAGACCAACUCCAGCCAGAUCAAAGAUGAGUUUCAGACUCUGAAUAUAGUGACACCACGUGUUCGUCCAGAGGACUGCAGCGUGGGUCUGCUCCCGCGUAACCACGAUAAGAACCGCAGCAUGGACGUCCUCGCGGUGGACCGCUGCCUGCCUUUCCUCAUUUCUGUUGAUGGCGAGUCUAGCAAUUACAUCAAUGCAGCACUGAUGGACAGCCACAAACAGCCGGCAGCCUUCAUCGUAACGCAGCACCCUCUGCCCAACACCGUGGCCGACUUCUGGAGGCUAGUGUUCGACUACAACUGCUCCACCAUUGUGAUGCUGAAUGAAAUGGAUGCUGCACAGCUCUGCAUGCAGUACUGGCCAGAGAAAGGCUCCUGCUGCUACGGCCCCAUUCAGGUUGAAUUCAUCUCCGCUGACAUUGAUGAGGACAUUAUCAAUCGCAUUUUUAGGAUCUGCAACAUGGCACGGCCUCAAGAUGGCUACCGGCUGGUCCAGCAUUUCCAGUUCAUUGGUUGGCCAGCGUACAGAGAUACGCCGCUGUCCAAACGCUCCAUCCUGCAGCUGGUCAGACGACUGGCCAAGUGGCAGGAGCAGUAUGACGGAGGAGAUGGACGCACGGUGGUCCACUGCCUGACUGGUGGAGGACGCAGCGGGACGUUUUGUGCCAUCUGUAGCAUCUGUGAGAUGAUCCAGCAGCAGAACAUUGUGGACGUGUUCCACACAGUCAAGACACUGAGGAACAACAAAGCCAACAUGGUGGAGACGAUGGAGCAGUACAAAUUCUGUUACGAGGUGGCUCUGGAGAGCUUGAAUGCCUUCUGAACAUACGAAAGGUGAAGAAGAGGGAAAAACAAGCAAAGCAAUCUUCUCUUCUUCCUCAGAAUGACAUCUCAUCUCAUCACAAACUCAUUGUUCAGUCUUUCCUCUGAGCUUCUGUGAUGAGAACAGGAAACUAAAGUUCAACCCUUCACUGUAAAAUACUGUAUAAAUAAAACAAAACAUGAUUUGCCAUUUCUUUCUUCUUCUGUCAAUGUCCAGCAUCAGAGCGUGUAUCCUGGACCGUGAAGUGAUCUUGUACAGUCCUUUUCCUUUUUAGCUAUACGCCUUGAAUGUUACCCAUCAAUGUAAAGAACAACGGUGAAAAAAAGCUUCUUUCUACAUGCCAGCUGGGAUCAACCAAAUAGACUUUCCCUGAGCUCUGUACAGAUUUAAAGAAAAUUCAAAAAAUAAUAAAUAAAUAAAACAAAGCUUAAGCAAAUUUGCAGAGAAACGUGAGGACGGAUAUUUUUGUUAUUCUGAUGAUUUUCGUGGUUCCUCCCUUUGGUGCGUUUUCACUCUGCCUGCUUUCUCACACACGUACGCCGCUCGCCUACAGACCAGCGUAAAGAUUUUCGAAAGUUGGAAAGUUUUGGGUAAUAUUUGUUCUAUUGCCGUUUCUGUCUUUUCUUUUAGUGUUUAUUCUACUAAAACUAGAUGUUGCCAUUUUGGUUUCUAGUAGGCAGUGAACGUUAAAGAUUAAAAAUGUAUCUAAAGUAUUUUCUGUUUGUCAUUUGCACUUUAUGUCUGUUACCUCCAAGGGUGAAUCUCACAAAUAAUGAUAUACUACUGUAUAUAUAAUAAGAAAUUAUAUUUAGAAUCAAGAAAAUAGAGGCUAUUUUAGGACCAUUAAUUGCCUAAUUGUUAAUUGUCUACUGGAAGGCCAAAAAAAAAAAAAUCACAUUGUCAAAAAUAAAAAAAAUAAAGACUUAAAAAUUUGCUUUAUGGAAGGGGAAAAAAAAAAAAAAACAAGAAUUUAUAUAAAAUCAUGUACUUUUUUUUUUUUUUUUUUGUAAAAUAUGUCCUGGAACUUUUUUGUGAGAUUCACCCCCAUUUAUUUGUAUCUACAGUAUUUGUAAAUCCUGUUGCAUCAUUUGAUUUGAAGUGCCAUACUCUCACAUUAAACUGAAGGACUGCCACCAAACCAUAGACAAGAUGCAUAUCAGGAACAUUGUGUAGCUCCAUUUUGACUAAUAAACAGCUGGCAACUGAACACAACAACUUUUUUUCUAAACCAGAAUUUGGUUGAGAAGCUUUUCUCCUCAAGCUUUCCGAAACUCUGCAUCUACAUGUUUUCAGUGUGAUAAAAAGCAAGUGAAUUUAACUGUAAAUCCAAGAGUUUUGCACGAAAACUGUGACUUGACUGUGAUAUUUGUUUCUGAAAUGCUGAAAUGUAUUUUGCAGAAGAAUAUAUGAAUGUUUCACUGAAAACAAAGGCAAUGGCACUUUUUUUUUUUUUUUUUUUUUUAAUCUUUUUUAAUUUUAUUGAAUUCACUGCCUGCUUUUUGUUUGACCACUAUGUGUAUUUUUAAUUUUAAUUUUUUUUUCAAUGAUUAUUUAUCAAUUAUUUGUCUAGCAAAGUGGUAUGUAGAGCUGGUGAUUUCAUGACCAUGGUGGUUCUGUUGCUUGGAAUUGUGAUAACAUAAAUAAAGGGACCAAAAUGUUGAACAGCAA